CUGUUUGCAUGGAGGUCUCUCACCUUCUUUGGAUACACUGGAUAAUAUCCGGGCCUUGGAUCGCAUACAAGAGGUUCCUCACGAAGGACCAAUGUGUGAUCUCUUAUGGUCUGAUCCAGAUGACCGUUGUGGAUGGGGAAUAUCUCCUCGUGGUGCUGGAUAUACAUUCGGGCAGGAUAUAGCUGCUCACUUCAAUCACACCAAUGGUCUUUCGUUGAUAUCUAGAGCCCACCAGCUUGUCAUGGAAGGUUACAAUUGGUGCCAGGACAAGAAUGUUGUGACCGUAUUUAGUGCUCCAAAUUACUGUUACCGAUGUGGAAAUAUGGCUGCAAUACUGGAAAAUUGGAGAGAACAUGGAUCAGAAUUUUCUGCAGUUUGAUCCAGCACCCCGGCAAAUCGAGCCUGACACUACAAGGAAGACCCCGGAUUAUUUUUUAUAAUUCCAUUUAUCUUCCAGCCGUUUGUAGUUAUUGUUUUCUGCUGUUACUGUAGAUGUGUUGUUAAGAGGAGAGGAGUUUCCCUGUUUAAUGUUGGGUUAUCAUCAACAUAUUCUUUCUUUCGGAAUUUGCCUGCUGAUGCUGCUGCCUUUUGCACAAGAAACCUAUGGGAGAACUGGCGGCCAUGAAUUAGUGUUGUAUAUUUUUGAGGAGGAAGCAGCGAUAACAUGGUUUUUAUUUCACAUAACAUCGUAUCCCUGGUACUGAGGGUUGAGUAGUAACAGGUGCAUUGGAGAUACACGAAAUAUAAUUUCCAGACAGAUUGAAGCGAUGUCAUUGGAUAUAGUUGAUGUCCGUUUGAAGCCGAUUUGAUGGCAUUAUUUGUUCGUAUAAUGUCCCGUGUCCAGUUUGAACUGAGUCGUGAGGAAUGAGGAAAGCGAAAAUGUUCAUUGAUGUUCCCUGGAGAUCCAAUUAGGUUCGUAGCUAUAUCAAUCUGCUAGGAAAGAAAAUCCUAUGGCACACUGUCGUUUUAGAUAUUCUCGGUCUUCCACAGUUCCAGAUCGACCCAUUGUAGAAGAUAAAACUGAGAAAUACGAAUGGCAUGUUUUCUUUUC